GUUAGAAUCGGAAGAUGGCGGCCUCCUUUCCUCCCGCAGAGAAGCCGUUCAGCCUGUCCCGUAUGGAGGUGAAUGAGAGCGCCGGCCGUAGAUGUAAGGCUGGGGAAUAGAGCUGGAUAUCGCGGACACGUGCCCAGAGCUUCAGUAGCCCCCGGGCUGUGUUACAUCUGGUCUUCAGCUCCCAUUCACAACAAGCGGUCCCGGAGCGUCUUCUGUUCCCGGCGCCGCCGUUAUGCAGGUUGCCCCGCGCUCCCAGCCGUCCUGGCAGAAGGAGCACCUUUGGCUGACCCUGCAGGCUCUGGGCUUUGGGACGGGAGCAGAGGCGGCACCUGUGGGCAAGACCCUCAGCCAUGUCACCUUUGGCGUGAGCAUGUUUGACAAGCCUAACAAGGAUGCCUUCUAUGUGGUCUUCUACUUCCUGUUUGGAAAAUUGGACAGUGCACGCUGCAAGGAAGUCUUCAGGUAUUGCUGGCCUCCACUAGACAAGAAAAAAGAUGCUGAUUUUAGGAAAGCAUCGUGUGAAUGGCUGAAGAAGAUUUCAGAAGAAGUCGGUAAUAGUUUUCCUCAAGUUGUGGCGUCAAUAUUUCUGUCCCCUGGUGGUCCUAAGUUUGUCCAACUCCUCUACCACUUUGCAAAAUAUGUUAUGCUACAACUUGUCAAAAAAGAUGUUAACAAUGAACACAUGUUUAUUCCAGAUGCUCUGCAUUGUAGAAUUCAGGACUCCCAGAAGUCUCUGGCUCGGAAUAAAGGGGCUCGACAUAGAUACCUGCAAACAUUGCAGAGGGAAAACAUUGUGAUUAAGGAGUAUCAGAAGAAAGCACAGGUGCUUGUGAAACAGAUUAGGGACUUACGCUCUGAAUUUGCAUCAUUGCAGACCCAACAUAGAGCAACACAAGCUGUACAGUCUGAGAAUUCUAGAAGAGAUGGCAAAAUAGAAGAGGUCCGGUCUAUGUGGUGCACCAUUAUGCACACACUGAAAGCUUUGGAUAAAGAAAUGGAGGUGGUCGAUUCUGUUGUUGGGGGAGAUGUGGAUCAGUUCUCUCUGGAUGGAUCUAACGUUACCUUGAAUAUUCCUGGCGUACUGGUUACUAGAAUUGAGAGUGAAAUGUACACGUUGCAACUGGAAAAUGUGUAUGAAGCUGGAAAAGUGAAUCUUGUAACCAUUAUUCAGCUACUAAAUGAGGCCUUAAAAAUAGUUAAACAGAAAAACAACAACAAAGGCAGCAAAGAAUUCCAAGUUGAUCUCCAGUAUCUCUCAGCUAAAGUGAAACUUGAAACUGAAAUUCUUCAAAGACUAAAGCACUUGAGGCACAAAAUAAGAAGGGAGGACAUUGUAUCUGUUAACAAGUCAAUUACUGAUAAACAGCAUGACUGGGAGAAAAAAUGGAAAAGGAUUUUAGGCAAGUCACCAUUCAGCCUCUUUAAAGGAUUGAAUCCAGUCCUUGAAUUUCAACCUCCCCUGGCUCCUCUUUCAUUUGACCCUGCUGCAGAUGAUGCUUUAAGAAACAGUGUUUUUAGUCAAUACCCAAUAUCUCUCUCUGAGUUAACAAAUGAUGAUUCUAGUGUUAAGAACAAGGAGCCUAAUGAUUCCUUCAUGAGUUUUAUGGAUGCUACACUCUUUACACCCAUUGGAAGGAAAUCUCUACAAUUUAAUAAGACUCCCAGUAUGCGUAGACUGUCUCUAAAUGAAAAGGAUUUUCGAACACCUACCUCUAAUGGGAAAGAGAGUUUAAUACAAAAAACGCCAAUCUCUGCAAUGCAGAAAAGGAGGUCUGACACUAGCUGGAAAACUCCUGCAGGCAGCUUACUACAUCAUACCCCAACACCAACUAAGCAAAAUGCCAGGAGUGCUGCACGUCUACAGCUUGCACAACAGGUUGCAGAUUACAUAGCUAAUGAAUAUGAAUCACCAAAGUCUGUGUCAAAUCGAGGAAUGGAGCUUGAUGAUUUACUUGGCAUGCUGUCUUCGGAUCCUUUCUUAUCUAGAAAGGAAAUUCCUAGGACCCCAGAAAACUUAAUUUCAGAUAUCCGUACGUCUUGGAGAAAAGCUAUCCAAACAGAAGAAUUUUCUGGUGUGUCUAGUCCAUUAGAAAUUCCAUUUAUGGAGUCCCCUAACGAACCAGAAUCUGCACAUUGCAGUCAAAUAGACCUAAGCAUGGCUUGCUUCUUGUCUACUUCUCACUUGUCCGAGCAGAAUGAGUCACCAGGCACACAAGUUCAUACAAGCUCUUUAAAGCCUUCCUUACUCCAGGAGCCAACUGCAAAUCGGAGCACAUUACAUUCACAAAGUUCAAAAAAUACACUGCAACAGGUUAACCCCUCCAAGGAGUGUGAGAAUUCAAUAAUUUAUUCUCAGUUUGUGGAAAAGAACCAGACCUAUAUAUGUGAAGGCCAGUUAUCUGGUAAAAUAAUGGACAACACAAUACUUUUAUCUUCUCUUCAGACGGAAAAUGCUUCUGCUCACACAACCCUUUCCUGGAAUUCCUCGAAUAUGAUAGAUUAUAACAAUAGUUCAGACAGUCAUGAGGUCAUCCAGUUUGGUAUACUGCAUGAAACCCUUCCAGAAGGACCUGGUAAUGUCAGUCUUAAUAGUACAACUAGUAUGGAUACACCUGAAGCAAAAAAGGAUGUGUCAAGAGGUGACCAAUUGUUGGAGAAUACAGACUAUAGCUGGAAUAGUAUGGAACGCAAAAUGGACAUAAACUCUAUACGCACUAGAUAUGAAGCUCUUAAAAGGACUUUUCAUGCAUCUUUAACAGAGGGUGAGAACUGUCAAGAACAGACUCCUUUAAGGAGAUGUGGUAAACAAAAAUCAGAGUCUAGCUUAAUAACAGACUCUGGGAAGCUGUUUAGUCCUUUAGACAAAGGUUUAUUCUUAGAUCAUUUAGUGACGCCAUCACCAAAAGGUAGAAAGCUCUCUCUCCCACAGUUAAUCUCAUUUUCCCCUGCUGAAGAUGCUUAUGUCCAAGGCCCAGAGGAACAUGCAGAUGUGUUUGAUUCUCAGGGUACUGAAGCUUUGAAUGAGACCUUUGACUUCACGCAGCCAAUAUUAGAUCUUACGAAAUGCACAGAUGACAGUGUAGGACAGUUAAUAAAAUUGUAGAAUUAUGAACGUUCUUUUAGUUGAAUGGAUCUGUACAGAAGUGUAAAUGCUGUCGCACAUCAGCAAGAUGUAUUUUAAGAUUCCCAAACCUACUGUAAAUUCUGUUGAAAAUUAAACAAGUGAUUGGUUGUCCUGAUUUUGAGAGCAGAACCAUAAAGGUGGACUUAGAAGCACUUUUGGCUUAUUUACAGUCACAUUUUGUUUGCACUUAAUGUAUUUUGUGUAUGUAAAGUUGUUUUUCCUAGAAUGCUUAAUCCUAUAUAUUUGAGACACUGUUAAGGGGUUUCUAUGCCUAAAAAGCCUAGAAUGUUUAUCAAGCCAAAUAAAGGUAAACGUCAGCAACCUAUCUCACAAAAACUUUUCUUCCUGCAAAAGAAAAUGGGUUAAGUUAUGAAGGCAAACUAGAAAUGGUCUUCUGGCAUACUGAUCUACAUUAAAAUUAGCGGCCCAAUGGACACUGGUGGUUAAUAUGCUAGAUAUUCCAUACUUCAAUAAUAAGGCCCAUCUUGCUUUUAUAACUUUUUUUUUGUUCAUAUCACAUGUAUUUUACACUGGGGGUGGGGAGAGUUUCUAUCCCAGUAAAAAAAAAAAAUCUGUAUAGAAGAAAUCUUAAUGCCACUUUUAGUAGACAUAUAGCACAGUAAUUGUGUAAAGAAAAAAAUAGACCAGCUCACUGCCCUGUAGAAGUAGCCACUGGAAGGGUAGUUGGUGGAGGAGCACGGAUGCAGGUCAAGCCAUGUAGCCAGUUGCAAUAGAAUCCAAGAAGGAAAAGGAAAUCCAGCUCCCCCGUAAAAUAUAGAAUAACGGUAUAAAAACACAAAAUUUAUUUCAUCCUUUAAAAAUCAAUGAGAUGGUGAGAAUUAAAAGCAUAGAUGAAACGCCGACUCAUUUCGAACCAUAUGGUUCUUAGUCAUGGGGGGGGAGAAGAAGACACAGUUCUGGCACUCAAAAAUAAGAAUUACCUUUUUUGCUCUGGGAAUGGUGUGCUUCUAAGAGCAUAAUAUCACUAAUUGUGCGUUAAAUGCUCCUAAUUUAAUCUGAGUUUUUUUUUUUUGCACAAGUUUUCAGCUUUUACUAUACAGGAAAAGCAUUGUUUAGAAUAAAAAAACAAGUAGUAAACCCACAAUAAGGGUGCAUUCACACGUUUUCCGCUGCUGACCUGCUUCAGUAGAUUUUGCUGUUUAUUGAAGUCAAUGGCAGCAAAAUCUGCAGCAGAUCUGUAGCAAAAAUACACACAUGUGAACCUAACCUAAUUAGGUAUUUUUACAAAAGUUGAAAAUGUGUGGGUUCCCCCCCCCCCCCCCUCCCCUCCUUCUCCCCUCCAUUUUUGCAUGUAAAUCUGGACUAAAUCUUCAGGAGCAUAAUGCAGAUUGUAUUGGGGUUUUUGUGAAAUUGCACCGGUGGAUUUUGGAGGGGAUAAUGUUAAUAUUUUAAAAUGUAAAAAGACCAAUGUAUAUGAAAUCUACACUUUGAUCCCCAUCAAAAUUUUCUACAACUGCAGAUGUUUUUAAUUUUUUAUAAAAAAAAAAUUUUCCUAGUUGAAGUUAAGAGACUCUGCAGUGUACCCACAGCAAUACAUUGACAUGGCGUUUAUAAACUUGCUGCAUAUUUUAUUUUCUGCCCCUGUGGUUUCUUUAAAUCUCUCAUAUUGCUGAGAAUGCAAUAUGCUGUUGUCUUUCUGCAUAAAUAUACAAAAAAAAGGGUCUGACCCUUGCGAUCUUGAGAAUGGGGACCCUAGUCUUCUGUUAGAAUGGAGUGCACAUCACUGCUUUAGUCUUUCUGUAUGGCAUCUGUGAAAAUGGUGCAGUAAAUGGGUAACUGUUUCUAUGCCUACAAAGAUUGUAUGGAGCCCCCAAAUUCUCCGACUUGUGACCGUAUGGAUUGUAAGUGGCUACAGCAGGAGUGUCCCCCUACCCCCCCGCCUUUGGUAAACAUGCUCAAUGCACUUUACAAACAUGAUGUGAACAGAGACUAAACACCUUCGAUUUUAUGUGCUUGUUUAUUUUUAUUCCCCCCCCCCCCCCCUAAAUAUGGAAUAGGUGAUAUACAGGUUAAAUGGUAGCAGGUAUAUUUUUAUGAAUAUUUUUUUUCCUUGACAUUGAAGUUAUAGAAUAGAGAGAAGGGCUUUUGUUUUAAACUUACAUGAUCAUGCAUGAUAUCUUAAGAUAUAUAUAUUUGAAAUUAAAGCUACAUAACAAUUUAUAUAAUUUAAAGGACAUCUGCAGCUAAUUAAUACUUACCCCUAUCCGCAGGGGUCCGACCGCUGGGACCCCCAGUGAUAUUCUAAAUGGGGCCCUGGCACUAGCACUCAGUGUGAGCGAUAAUGUGUGGACUGUCGACCUGAGAGGUCGACUGUUACGCCCCCUCCCCAUACAGUUGUAUGGGGGAGGAGGGGAUGCAUGAACGCUGCCUCCCCGCCUCUCCCAUAGUUACAUGGAGGAGGCGUGUUGGCUGCAGCGUUAUACUCGGCCGACAUGCCUCCUGCACGGGAGAGCCACGGCCCCAUGUAGGAGAUCACGAGGGGUCCCAGCGGUCGGAUCCCCGCGAUCUCUUAUCCCCUAUCCUGCAGGGCUGCAGAUGUUCUUUAAUGGAUUGCUGCUGCCAGUGUUGCACAAUGGUAUAAAUUAUGGCUAGCAAUACACUUUUCUAUGAUAUCCUGCUUAAAAUGUGUUUGGGUAGAAUGCUCUAAUUUGUGAAAUGGCCCUAAAGGAACAAUCAACAUUUCAGGAGGUUUUGGGCCUAAACUGCCUGCAACUUAAAGCAUACCCGUCAGAUCCAACAAAAAUAUAUAUAUAUAUUUUUUUAAAUAUAUCACUCAUUACCUAAUCCUGACCAUGUACAUGUAAUUUUUGUGUCUUGUACCUUUAUUUAUUUCAUUACACUUUUAAUUUAGCUCACUAGUCUGAGGGGGGGGGGGGAGAUGUGGCCUCACUGCAAGUCUCCACCCCCUCCCUCUGUCUGCUCACAUCUCCCCUAGCAUUAGGAAAACUACAACUCCCAGCAUGACCUCACUGACAGUAGCGGGACACAAGCUGACAGUGGGAGGAUUUUUCCUCUAGCUGUGAGCCCUGCGCUCACAGCUGUCAAUCAAGGACGUGUGUCCAUGACAUAAGUGAUGAUGCCUGGACACAGCAGGGCUAGGAUGUGCCCAAGCAGGCGGGGGGGGGGGGGGGGGGGCAGUUGUUUAGCUAUUUCAUUAUGAAAUAACUGAAUUUUCUAAUGAAAGCUAUCGCAAAACCUAUUGGUUUUUCUAUCGGACAGUGCCCAUUUCAAUUUUCUUCACAUUUUCCUUUAGCAGGAGGCUUCUGCGCCCUCGUUUCAAUGUUUGUUUGUUUUCCACUUUUUGUUUCCUACAAAGUUGCAAAAUAUAACUUAUUGUUCUGAAAUGUCUAUACAGUAUUGCAUUUUAACCAGCUAAACUAAUCCGGAAGGCAUUUUGUUCUAAAGAUGAAAUCCUUUUGACCUUCCAGGUAUCAUUGAGGUCUUUUCAGUUAUUUAUGUAAUGCAGUUACUUUUACAUAUCUUAAAAUAAGUGUUUGUCAAACUGCCUGAGCAGGUGAUUAAUUUUACCUUUGUAUGUAGACCGGUAAGCAAUAAAUAUUGU